UGGUAAAAGCUCUGUGAGAGCAGUCUGUCCUCUCUCUGUAUGAUUAUUUCACACAGCAGCUCAGCUCCACACAGCCAGGUGAAAAACAUGGCGUGGUUCCUGGUUCUCAGCUCCGUGUUUCUCUGCAACCUGAUGAAAACACUUCUGCCGACCAUAUCCUCUUUUCUCACAAAGCUGGUGCAGAAAGAUGCCGAGCAGGAGGGUGAGAUGAGGACUGAAAUCCAGCAGAUGAAGAAGGAGCAGUCCUCCAUCAGCAUGAUGGAUGAGUUUGCAAGAUAUGCCAGAUUGGAGCGUAAAAUUAACAAAACAACAGACAAGCUGAAAACGCACGUGCAGUCAAGAACAGCUCAACAAGCCAAAAUGAAAUGGGUUGUGAACAUUGUCUUUUACAUACUGCAGGCUGCUCUGAUGAUCUCGUUGAUAUGGAAGUAUUACUCUGACCCAGUGACUGUGGUCCCCAGUAAAUGGAUUGCCCCUGUGGAGCGACUUGUGGCUUUCCCAACAGGAGUGGCAGGUGGUGUGGGAAUCACAUGCUGGCUGGUGGUUUGCAACAAAGUGGUCACACUGGGGCUUAAUGCCAUCAGCUAAAACUCUGCUGAGAUUUGAAACUUUUCUUUUUUAAUAAUAAAAGCUCAGUUUGCAUCUGCUGAUCGGAACCAAGAUGAAAGAUACCCACUGUUUUCAGUAUUUAUUAUUGUUGUGUUUAUUUCGUUGCAUGGAUGUUGUGGUUGUACAUUAUUUUAGAACAAAAUCUGUUUUUAGAGUGUUGCCAUUUCUUUCUAAUAAAAAAUAUAUAAGA